UCCGUGGAAGCUGAUAUUUGUUAUUUUAUUUACAUGCAAAGGUAAUUACGAACUAUAGAUUUUAAAAAUAUGAACCUAUAUUCCUUCCUCAUAAUCCUUAUGAACAUGACACAUGAAAUUGAUGACGAUUAUAAAUUAUCGAAGCUCAGUUAGCGAGCAAUGAUUCUGCGAACUACGAUCUUACUAAUGUUUUAAACGAUGCGAUAUUGAAACUACUCAAAAGUACUGAUUUGGUUAAAAAAUUGGAAUCAAAAAUACUCAUACAAGACAUAAAAGAUCAAAACGAUGUAUACAAAAUUAACAAUACACUAAAACUACGACCAUUUGGAGAUACAAUCGAGAUAAAAACAAUGUAUACUUUCGGGUCUUUAAGUAAUCGCCUGAUGUACAGAAACCCGCCAAAUACGAUUCGUUGGGAGUUUCCUAAAAAUACGUUCCAUAUGUUCUAUGACGAGCUAGAAUACUGGAUAGCAGGACAGGUCCUAGUAGAACCACAUUUGUAUUGGACUUCCGAUAGGAGUACAAGCAAAUUCGAUGUAUUAAGAUACCACACAUACAAGAAUUUCUCGAUUAUCGCAACUAAAACGCCAGUGUCAGCAAACCAAAGUUUCAAUGAAAAUAUCUUCAUCAAUACAUCGUAUGAUCAUUUGGAAAACCUUGAAGGUAUCAAAAUGGAAAAGUAUCCUAAACUAUUAUCUUACAAGCAACAUAUCAAGUUGUCAUACAUAAUUGGCUUGGAAUUACCAUCCAUAAUGCGCCGUUUUUUCUUCGAUGGUGGCAAUUUCAACACAAUAUUGGGCGAAAUAUUCAACCUACACCCUAAGCAGUACAUCAUUUCAGCCUGUCCCGAUUUUUUGACCCACGAACAGCGCUACUAUUACCUCCUACCAGACAUUAAUUUCGUGUACAUCAGUUUCAAAAAUAUAACCAUAAGAGGACUAUCGAAUUUCGAAUCGUACGUGAAUAAUCAAUCGUGGAGUAAUCGAUAUUUAUCCCACGACCUUGUUUACACCCUACACGUGAAGAAUGUACGAGGAAACAUGAUUUUAGAUCCCGACUUUGAUCAUUUACAACAUUUUCAACUGAAUUUCUUCAUCGGCAAUCUUUACAUAUCGUUUGCUCCUGAAAAAGGCGAAUUUCGUGUGGAAGCCCGAGACUAUUCUAUCGUUGAAGACACUCUGCAGUCCUCCACAUUGAUAUCAUCGUGGUUGCCGGAAUAUUCAACACGUAUUAUUCGGCUUAUCGAAUCAGCAAUGAUAGAUGUGAUGCAGUCAUCGAAUAAAGAUAAAGAAAAGUCAAGUUCAUUAUCAUCCGACUUCGCACAAAUAGAAACUUCGUUCGUGGAACUUUUGAAAAAAUCUCACCCUCGGACAAGAUGAUUCCAAUUCCAAACCUCGUAAAUUAUAUAACAGGAAUGAAUCAAUCAGAAUAAUUUCCCUAAGUAGGUACAAGAUUGGAGAAAAAAAAACCUACACAGCAAAGAACCAAAGAAAAACUUCUCCAGCUAUCCUAUCGUUGAAUUGGAAGACAUAAUUUCAGAAGAAGCGAGCAGCCAGCUCUUCAACUUGAAUGUUUGAGGGAAAUGGAAAAUCAAAAAUGUCCAAACAUAACGUUAUUAAGUGUACC